CCACCCCACCAACCACUACCACCACCAGUUCCCGGCCAGUCUGCAAUCCGUCGCUGCAGCUGGACCCGGGGCUUCUCCAUCCUCGCGAUCCACCUGCUAGCGUCCGGCCAACAUCUGCAUUGGGAGAGGCGGAUUCCUUCGACCUGCAGCCAGCCAGCCAUUCAUUCAUCCAUCCAUCCCAUCGGACGCCCGGAUCGACCCCGCUGCUAUCCGCCUCCCCCUCCUCCCCCCCCUCCCCAGCCGAGGCUUCUUCCUCGCUGAAUGUGCAGUGGGACCCUCUUCCAAGAUAAGAGAGCAUGAAAGAGGACGCGCCCACCAACACCACCAAGAUCCAGCCAAGCUGGUUUGUGCCAACUAAUGGCAGCACCAGCAAGUCCUUCUAUUUCUCAGAGACGCCUCCUGCUCUUCCCUUAAAUCCUUGGGAUGUCGUCCUGUGCGUCUCUGGGACGAUCAUCUCCUGCGAGAACGCCAUUGUGGUGGCCAUCAUCUUUUACACUCCAGCUUUCCGGACUCCAAUGUUCCUGCUGAUUGGAAGCUUAGCCACAGCUGAUCUCUUGGCUGGCUUGGGCCUGAUCUUUCACUUUGCCUUCGUUUAUUGCGUCCAGUCCGAGAUGGUUAACCUCCUCACCAUGGGCCUUCUGGUGACCUCAUUCACCGCCAGCGUGGGCAGCCUCCUGGCCAUCACCAUCGACCGCUACUUGUCUCUCUACAAUGCGUUGACCUACUACUCGGAGAGGACAGUCACGCGGACCUACGUCAUCCUCAUCCUCACGUGGGGGGUCUCCAUCAGCGUUGGACUGUUGCCCGUCAUGGGCUGGAACUGCUUGAAGGACAACUCCAGCUGCAGCAUCAUCAAGCCGUUGAACAAGGACCACCUCAUCAUCCUGUCCAUUUCCUUCUUCAUGGUCUUUGCGGUCAUGUUGCAGCUGUACGUGCAGAUCUGCAAGAUUGUGUGUCGGCAUGCCCAGCAAAUCGCCCUGCAGAGACACUUCUUGGCCACUUCUCACUACGUCACUACCCGGAAAGGCAUCUCUACGUUGACUCUCAUCCUGGGGACCUUUGCUUCAUGCUGGUUGCCCUUUGCUGUUUACUGUCUCCUGGGAGAUUACACCUACCCUGCCCUCUACACCUAUAUGACUGUGCUCCCGGCCACCUACAAUUCCAUGCUCAAUCCGGUGAUUUAUGCCUUCCGGAACCAGGAAAUCCAGAAGGUCUUAUGGGCAAUAUGCUGCAGCUGUAUCUCCUCCUCCAUGCCUUUCCAGUCCAGAUCGCCCAGUGACGUCUGACUCCUCUCGCUCGCUCCCUCCCUCCCUCGAGCCUUCUCCCCAAUCUCUUGCCGCUCAAAUGUGCAGAAACCUCUUUCUAAUGUCCUUCCCUUCCCUUUUGCCAAUGUAAGUGACCAGGCUGUCCUAAUCUUUUUAUUUAUUUUGACUUCAGGAAAGAAAAAGGAAAAACAAAAAAGGACAAAUUUCAUUUAUUUUUUUAACCAUGCCUUUUUUUUAAAAAAAGACCGGGUUGGGGAGAGAGGGAAAAAAAAACAACCCUGUGUUUCUGCUUUUGUGUGUAUGUGCAUGCGUGGGUGUAUUUGGUGACAUGGCAGGUCCGAUGCAAAUAUUUUGUCUGAAAUAUUGAGAGUGCGUUAUUUUCUUUAACAAGGGAAAAACGGCAAGAAGCAGCCUCAAAACCUUCAACCUUUCUUUUUUGAGUUUUUAUAGCCUUAAUUACCUCAGAUCUCUAGAAAACUAUUUUUCUACAUUUUAAACAAAUAUCAUUGUACCCCCUUCUAUCUCUCCUUCGAUCGAUGGGGAUAAAAAAAAAAAAAAUAGCCCAGAGCAAUGCCAGAUUUCAAAAACAAAAUAGGUCCGUCUGUCCCUCACCCCCCCCCAUCUGUAUUUGGCUGCCCCCUGGUGUUUAUUCUAAUACCUGCAACCAUAAGAAGAAGAGUGUGCCAUUGGGGUGGAGGAGGGGUGGAGGGCAAGGGGAGAACAAGGGGUAGUAUUAAUAAAAAGAAUGUAUAAUAUGAGAUCUGAAGCAAUGUGAAUGUCCAGAGUACAGGUAGUCCUCGACUUACAACCAUUCGUUUAGUGACCGUUCGAAGUUACAAUGGCACUGAAAAAAAAGUGAUUUAUGACCACUUACGAACAUCUCCCGGGUCACGUGAUCAAAAUCCAGACACUUGGCAUCUGCCGUGUAUUUAUGACCUCUGCAGUGUCCCAGAGUCAUGUGAUCACCUUUUGUGACCUUCUGACAAGCAAAGAUCUUGCUUCCCUGCUUGAGCAGGAGGUUGGACUAGAAGACCUCCAGGGGUCCCUUCCGACUCGUUAUUGGGGAAACCACCAUCAUGAAAUAAUGUUACUAACUUAAUUGCAGUGAUUUUCCCACUUAAUAACUCUGCUCCCCCCCCCAAAAAAAGGUCAUAAUAAAGUGGAGCAAAACUCACUUAACUGUCUUACUUAGCAACAGGAAGUUUGGGCUCAAGUUGUGAGUCGUAAGUUGAGGAUUACCUAUAACACAAUACUAAAAGCUUUCAAAGGCACUAUUUCUGAAUAACCAAUGUCAAGAUUACAGCCUAAAUGUAUCUUGUAUCAAUUUUAGACCGUUUUGGACUAGGGUUUUCAUUUUCCUAGCUGUCCGGGACAAAAAUGGGUGUUCGUAAUUUCUAGCCCAAUAUUGUUGGGACCAAGGCUAAAAUGGCUGAAACAAUUGCACUAACACUGGGAUGGGAAGAAUUCCAGGCCAUGUUUAUUGACACUGAGAAGUCAGGGUCUCAUGUAAUCUAGUUCCUGGGGCCCUCGACUUGUUUUUGACUUCAGCACCCAUCAUCCAGCUGGCUUGACCAAAGGAUUAUGGGGGGGGGGGCUUUAGCCCUAAAAAUGCCAAGGGCAUUCUUUUCUCUCUCUCCUUUUACAUUUUGCACAGGUCCUUGAAAGGAAAUGAAUGUAACAGGCACUUUGGAAAUAGGAUUUUAUUUUAUCGUUUUGAGCCAGUUUGGUGCAGUGGUGAAGGCACCAGGCUAGAAACCGGGAGACUGCGAGUUCUAGUCCUGCCUUAGGCACAAAGCCAGCUGGGUGACCUUGGGCCAGUCACUUUCUCUCAGCCCUAAGAAGGAAGCAAUGGCAAGCUACUUCUGGGGGAAAAAAAAAAAAACCUUGCCAAGAAAACUGCAGGGAUUUGUCCAGGCAGUCUCUGAAAAUCAGACAUGACUGAACAGGAGAAAGGAAAAAAAAAAUGGUCUUGCAGGGAAAUUCAGAAGAUGUUCUGUGAGAGCACUGUGUUCUUUUGUUUACAAUCAUGAGGGAAAAAAAAAAGAAAUAAAGAUAAUUUUGUGAUACUUGAAA